UUUUCUCGUGUUUCCUAAUUUUUUUAUAUUUGGUAUGGCUUCUACUUCAACAAAUAGUGGAGGAGUUGUUUACACUGAAAGAGUUAGAAACAAGCGUGUUAUUAAACCUUUAAUUUAUGGUAAUUAUGCUGUAAUUUUUCCUCAGAAAAACAGCAAAGGCCAUACACAUAAAUGGACGAUUUUCAUUCGCCCUUAUGAUCGAGAUGAAGAUUUAUCUAUUUAUAUUCGAAAAGUUCAAUUUCGUCUACACGAGUCUUAUCCAAAUAAUGUUCGGAUCGUUGAGAAGGCUCCAUUCGAGUUGUCAGAGACAGGAUGGGGAGAAUUUGAUAUUCAGAUUAAACUUUAUUUUACUGACGUCAACGAAAAACCUGUUUGUCGAUUUUUGCACUUUAUUCUUUCAUGA